UUUUUUUUUUUCCUCAGGGGUGGUGGCCGCUGUUUUGCUUCAUUAGCUUCCCGUUCGAAAGCAUGGGAAUGUAACGAGGGAAUAUUCCGGAUAAAGUUGUGUAAAAGUGCUCGAUAAGUUUCCGCAAGUUGCCGACAACGCGUUUCACAUCUUUGGAGCUCCUUUGCGACAUCGACGGCCACCCCAGAGACGCUUUUUUGGACAUUCUUGCGGCGAGCAAUAGCGGACAAAGGGAAGAGACUUUUGAGCUAACGUUAGCUAGCGCCCUCGGCUAACUUAGCAUUCCUCCAUCAAGUGCUUCGCAAUGCAGGCCAUAAAGUGUGUCGUUGUCGGGGACGGAGCUGUGGGUAAGACCUGCCUGCUCAUCAGCUAUACCACCAAUGCCUUUCCUGGAGAGUACAUCCCCACAGUCUUCGACAACUACUCGGCCAAUGUCAUGGUGGACGGCAAGCCCGUCAACCUGGGCCUUUGGGAUACGGCAGGACAGGAAGACUAUGACAGACUCCGCCCACUUUCCUACCCUCAGACGGAUGUGUUUCUCAUCUGCUUUUCGCUCGUGAGUCCGGCCUCCUUUGAAAACGUCCGUGCCAAGUGGUACCCUGAAGUGAGACACCAUUGUCCCAACACUCCCAUCAUCCUGGUGGGCACCAAGUUGGAUCUGAGAGAUGACAAAGACACCAUCGAGAAGCUGAAGGAGAAGAAACUCACACCCAUCACCUACCCACAAGGCCUGGCCAUGGCCAAAGAGAUCAGUUCCGUCAAGUACCUGGAGUGCUCAGCUCUGACUCAGCGCGGCCUUAAAACUGUUUUCGACGAGGCCAUCCGCGCCGUUCUGUGCCCCCCGCCAGUAAAGAAGAAGGGGAAGAAGUGCAGCCUCCUCUAAGAGCCGCGAGGGACGACGGGCGUGGCGAAAAGGCACAGGAGAAACACGCCAGUAUACAAACACAAUAACAAAGUACGUUGCUUCCCAUAGAUGUAGCUAGCAGCUAUUCCUGUACAACAUUGAAUAAACGGUGAGACUGAGAGGAUUGAGUUGGAGUGCUGUCAAGACAACUCUGAAAAAUUGCAAUUCAUGAGGCCUUUUUUUGGUAAAACAAUGGAGUUCUCUUUGUUUACAGUCUGGGUUCUAUUUGUGGACGUCUUGUUGCCAAAUACAUACUGCAAAAAAAAGAUUGUUUUAGGAACGCUGCUGUUUGUCGAUUACAUUCUACGUCAUUUUUUUCAUGUCAAAUCAAAGUGUAGGUCUGCAGACACCAAGAGUGCUAUUAUUAGUCGUUCAACACUCCAAACCAUCCAGCAUCCCAACUGGACCUUUUUAAUUCUACCGUAAAGCAUUUCUUCCCCAUCACCCCCACAUUUUUAGUGUUUGAACUGUUUGGUGGCGGGGAACAAGAGCACCUUUGAUGCUCCUUGGGCAUUUAUCAGCAACCUUUUUUUUGCGCAGCACAUUUUUUUAAAAAUCGCAUCACUACUGGCGAAGCAUCUGUGCCUGUUAGUAACAAAGAUACUGUCAGUUAUGGUGUAGUAUACAGUGUACUCUGUUUUUUGUUAUAAUCAUGUGAUUGAUUCUCUUCGUCUCUUCCACUUCUCACUGUAUUGUUGAACUAACACUAUGAAUAUGCUUUUACGCUACCUUAACCUCCAUACAAGCCUAUCUUUGUGUAAUUAUGCUGAUAUAGCAUGUAUGUGCAACAUAUACUGAAAAGUUCCAAAUUAGAAUUGCUACAUUUAUAUAUUUUUUUGUUUGCCUCUUUACAAAAUGUAUUUGAACUACUAAAAUACAAGGGGUAAGAACAUGCUCAUCUUUUUUUUUUUUUUUUUUUUAUUCAGACAUCAAGCUGUGCUUUAAUUCAAGCCAAUGUGGUGACUUGUAGUUUUAUGGAUACAAAGCUAUUGUCACUUUUUUUUUUUUUUUUUUGAAAAAGCCAAUAAAGUCAGUAAAAUCGA